AUGUCUCCGCAAGGCAACCCUGGACGUCCGGAGGGGGACAAGCCCGAGGGCUUGUCGAAAUAUCUGAAGCGCAUGAAGACGGUUUUGCGCCCACGCUCCGGUUCGAAGCGUCAAUCCGUAGCGGCCCCGGAUGUUCCUGCUUCAUCUAGUCAACCACCUGCUUCCACCAAUCCGGUCCAGUCUAUCGAUGCUGAGCCCACCAUGCUCACCGACUACAGCGCCCUGCAGCAAGAAAAGGCCCGCGCCCUAUUCAGCAAAUACGGCUUCACCCUAGAACCCGGCGAGUGGAAAUCACCCACCGACCUGCAGCUCACGCGGGUCACCAAGCCGAUUCGCAUGCGAGUCCGCCGCACCUGUCACCGCUGCGAAACGACUUUCGGCCCCGACAAAGUCUGCGUCAAUUGCCAACACCCACGCUGCAAGAAAUGUCCCCGCAGCCCAGCAGCCCGCGAGAAGGAUCCCAAUGAGUACCCCUCUCUGCCCAAGAGCAAGAUCCCCGAGAUCCGCGCCCGUCAGUAUGGCGGUGCCCCGUAUACGCCGCACCUGCGUCUUACGGGUAACCCCGAUGCGCCGCUAGGUAUGCCCUCGCGCUCGGGCGGCCAGGAUCUCGUUAAGAAGACGGCCAGACAGCGUGUUCGCCGAAAUUGUCAUGCAUGUGACACUGUUUUUGCACCUGGCUCGAAGGAGUGUACUUCUUGUAAUCAUAUCCGUUGCAAGAAGUGUCCUCGGCAGCCGCCUAAGUUGGAAAAGUAUCCUGACGGGUACCCCGGGGAUGCUGAACCGGCGAAGCUGAACCCUGACCGGACUUAUAAAAAGCCACGACGAAGGGUUCAUUAUAUAUGCCAUGUUUGUACGACUCAGUACAAUGCAGACGCGAACACUUGUGGGAAGUGUGGACAGGCGAAAUGCGAAAUGACUAUACGGAUUCCGCCAAAGAAAAUCAAACGAGAACCGGACCCUGAAGUCCUACGGCGGGUCGAAGAGAAAUUAGCAGGCUUGAGCAUAGAGUGA